UCAUCCUUCACUCUGGUGAGCCGGGUUUCUGAAGUAAAGGAGAUUAACGAGAAGAAGAAUUCUCCGGUCGUCUCCUUUUUUUCGUCGCUCUUUCUGGAAUAAUUUGCAUUCUUUCAUUGCUUUCCCCGGCUUUCCACAUCGCCAACAAGCUCUGAUCGGCUGCAGGAUCCGGCAGUUGUUUUGGGAUCUUCCGGCGAUACUGAAUUUUAUUUGUAUCGUCCAUUUGAAUUCGCAUGGUUUUUGUUGCUAGAAGAUAUGGUUAUGUAGAACUGUAAACGGAGGUGGAGGCGGAGGAAAAUUCUGGAAGAGAAUUGUUUUCCACUGGGCAUUGUAAACAAUGCAUUUCUUCCCUUUCAGCUCAAGCUCUAACAGUGAUGGGGGGAGUCGAUUUCCAGUAUAUCUGAAUGUGUAUGAUCUUACCACUGUAAAUAACUACCUCUAUUGGUUCGGGCUUGGGAUCUUCCAUUCGGGUAUUGAAGUCCAUGGAAUGGAGUUUAGUUUUGGAGCACAUGAGUACGCUAGCAGUGGGAUAUUUGAGGUGGAACCACGAAGUUGUCCAGGCUUCAUCUUUCGACGAGCAGUGUUGCUGGGCAACACCAGCUUGUCACGGGCAGAAGUUCAGACAUUAAUGGAACACAUUUCAGCAGACUACCAUGGUGAUUGUUAUCAUUUGAUUGCCAAGAAUUGCAAUCACUUCACAAAUGAAGCUUGCAUGAGACUCACGGGAAAGCCAAUUCCAGGAUGGAUAAAUCGGAUGGCUAGGUUAGGUUCCUUCUGCAACUGUCUACUGCCAGAGAGCAUUAAGGUAGCACCAGUUCGACAUGUAGCUGAGAGAUAUUCUGAUGAUGAUUGCUCAGGAUCUAUCAUAUCAACCGUCUCAUUGGUGAGCGACGAAGAGAAUUCGAAUCACCAUCUGCUACCCAUACCCAACGGCGAGGUUGCAUUUAUAAAGAAAAAAGAAAAACCAAUCAGGCUAGCCAAAGAAUUAUUGUAGAAGAUGUUUUCUUGUGUUAUAUCUAUUAUUUUUUAUUCUUGUGCCUUUGUCACAUCUGGCAUUACGUGUUGAUUGCAUCGCCUUUUCUCUCGAGACUUCUCUAUGAUGCUUCAUUUUUCUGAUUGUUUGAUGUGUUCAAUAUUGCUUCUUUCGCUCUUGGAGAGCUAACAAGUAUGCAUGCCCAUGUAUGCCACUAGAUGUAUAUAACCAAACCUCCUUUUCUAUUGCUGAUAGAUUUCUG